GGCGCGAGAACGGGUGACAGUCAACUUUUGCCUUGCCUAUCAAUGUGGCGCCGGCGGCGCUGAUCGCAAUGAUGAUAAAUAGCAUGUGUAUGUAACGCGGCGGCGUGAAUUUCUCGAUACAACUACGGGUUAGGAACGGCGAAGGCUGUUCACGGGGGUGACGGGCAAAAUUGGCAGGCGGGUUAAUCAUCGACGCGAAAAGACGCCUCGUAUGCCGUGACACUGAGCUCCUAGAGAGAACGCGUAAUCAACGAGUGCGUUCAUUCAUUCGUAAGCGACAAUGAUAUCGUGCUAACCGUCCCUAGCGAUUCGGGAGCCAUGGCGAACAUCGCGGCGCAGCGAAUCAAACGGGAAUUCAAAGAGGUUAUAAAGAGCGAGGAGAUAGCCAAAUGUGCGAUUAAAGUUGAAUUGGUCAACGAUAGUCUUACCGAAUUAAAGGGUGAAAUUGCUGGUCCACCAGAUACGCCAUACGAAGGAGGUAAUUUUGUGCUCGAAAUUAAAGUUCCCGAGACAUAUCCAUUCAAUCCUCCCAAAGUACGUUUUAUAACAAAAAUAUGGCAUCCUAAUAUAUCUUCUGUCACUGGUGCUAUUUGUUUGGAUAUUUUAAAAGAUCAAUGGGCUGCUGCAAUGACUCUGCGUACAGUAUUACUGUCGCUACAAGCAUUGUUAUCUGCAGCAGAGCCUGAUGAUCCUCAGGAUGCAGUAGUCGCUAAACAAUAUAAAGAACAUCCCGAAAUGUUUCGGCAAACUGCCACACAUUGGACAUUUGUAUAUGCAGGUGGUCCAGCAAAAAUGCCUGAGUUAGAUGACAAGAUAAGAAGAUUAACAGAUAUGGGAAUCGAAGAACAUAAUGCGAGAGUUGCUCUAUCCUCAUAUAAUUGGGAUUUGGAACGUGCUACCGAGCACUGCCUCUUCAGUUAGUGAUAACUACAUAGUUAAUCUGUUACAUUCAAGCACCACUCAUUUUGUCAUUAAGAAGUUCUUGUAAUAAUCAUGUUCGGAUAUUGAUAUUAUUAAUGUUUUGAGACAAUUGGUACUUUGCAUCUAAAAUGACAAUAUCUGAUACAAAAAAUAUCACCAGGAAAGCAUUCAAUAUCCACCAAUAGUCAUUUAUUUAAUUUAUAACAUAGACAUGAGGAAUAAUUAAUAAAAAAUCAUAAUAUGAAUCAGUUAAAUAAAUUUCAAGUAUUUUUUAAUAAUAUAUUGGUUUAUAUUACAUUCUAUUGAAAUUCCACAUUAUUGCUUAAAAAAAUAAAAUCUGUUAAAUAUAACAUGUGAGAUAUCAAAUUUAAAAUAAUAUAUUUUUAAUUCCUUGUAUAUAUACAUAAGAAAUCACAGUACAUCACAAAUUUGAUAUAAAUGCAUAUUUCUUUUGUGCAUUGUCAAAUUUUUGUUUUGUAAGCUUUCAAUGUUCUACAUUAUCUUGAAAUCUUGUAUCUGUAUAAAUUUUGAUCUUGCAUUAAGGAUAUUAUACUGAAUUUUCAGUAAAAUUUUAAUACAUGUAUUGUCAUGAUACUGGAUAUCAAAUGUAUAAUUAUUUUGAUUGCAACUUUUACAACUUAUGUUUAAUAUCAAUAAUGUGCAAAUUUUGUUGACAAGCUGCAUGUUUACAUUUGUGUUUAUAUUCUUAAUGCAAAGAACAUGUUAUACCAGAAAUAAUUGUAUUGUUUUUCAUUUUUUUAAAUAUAGGAUACACGUUUACAUAUUAA